AUGGAUGUAGACAACGAGCAUUCAGAUGGCGGCAGUCAACCGCCGCCUAGCACUGAACACACGCCUCAGGGAGCUUCUGCGCAAGCUGGGGGAGCGUCGGGAAAUCCAACCCCCACCUCGGUUCAGUCUGCAAAUACGCCCUCGACUGCAUCUGGCAAUGCAUCCACUGCCGCUCAUCCGCAGAACUCGAAACGUCGUCGAGGACUAGGCGUUGUGACGCCCAAUGCCUGUACCGAGUGCCGCAAGAAACGCGCAAAGUGUGAUGGCAAGAAACCAUGCGGGCGCUGCAGAGCGCAAAAAGAUGUUGAGUGCGUAUACGAAAUACCAGUGCGCCAGUCAAAGGAGAAUUUGCGAACUGAAAUCGAGACUCUACGCCAGAAGCAGCGAUCCAGUGAUCAAAUAUUCGCUGCGCUUAUUCGACCUGAGCUAUGGGAAGGGGUUCUCACACGACUUCGAGGUGGACAACCCAUCGAGAGCAUAUCAGAAUGGAUAGCAAGCGUGCCGCCCUCUGGAGGGGGUCCGCUGCCCAACUUUCCCGAUCGACCUGAGGGGCCUACGAUGGGACCCGGGCCAGGUUUCCCGGGAGGUGGGCUGGGAACGUUGGCGGCGAUGAGUCUCGGUGUGAACCAGGGGCCACCGCAGCAGCCUCCCAUCAGAGAGAUGGGCCAGCAAAGUCCCUGGCAUUCAUCUUUCCGCAGUCAGACAGGAUCAACGAGGAGCAGUUCUUACCCAGAUGUUAUGAAUUGGACGCCACAAAACCGCGUCGGAUCUUGGGCAGAAGGAAUGCAUCCAGAACAGAUGACAGAUAGCCUACCGCGAUAUCGAGGGGUCGAGCAAAUCUUGUCACCUCUGAACGAGCCGGAACUCCGAACAGCUGCGUCAACCUGGACUUCUCUUACUAGCGACAAUACUCUUGUUCAACAUCUCUUGGCAUUGUAUUUUUGCUGGGAGUACCCGACAUUCGCAUCCCUCAGCAAAGAACAUUUCUUACAUGACUUUCAACAAGGACGAAACCGCUACUGUUCACCAAUACUAGUCAACGCCCUCCUCGCAUUGGGCUGCCGUUUCUCGACUCAGCCCAUGUCUCGAGCGAAUCCCAAUGACCCAUACACUUCCGGAGAUCAUUUCUUCAAAGAAUCACUAAGACUUUUCUCUCAAGAGACAGACCAUCACUCGUUGACCACAAUCCAGGCUUUGGGCAUAAUGUCGAUCCGAGAAGCUAGUUGCGGACGAGAUUCGGAAAGUUGGUAUUACGCAGGUCAGAGCAUCCGACUAGCUAUUGAGAUGGGAUUGCAUAGAAUCAUGGAUGAAGGGGAUGAGGAUGAACUCGCUGUGCAAUCAGCAACCUUCUGGGGAGCAUUUGCACUAGAUCAUGCAUGGUCCCUCGCUACAGGCUCACUGCCACAAUGUUCCUGUUUCCCGCACUUACCGCCAAAACCGGCAAUAAUAGGGGAUAUCGAGGCUUCUUUAUGGGUGCCAUAUACUGAUGACGGGGCUCCAUUACAACGAUCCUGCCAGCAGCCGUCAAAUGUAAGACCGCUCACGGCAAGAGAGCUCUUGAACAUGUAUACCCAGUACCUUAACUGGUAUGAUCGAAUUCCUGAAGUUCUUCGGUUGGGGCACAACUUUACCCCAGCUGUGUUGUUUGCACACAUGUACUACCAUUUUGCUAUCCUACUCCUAUUUCGACCUUUAAUCAAGCUGCGGAUCAUCGGGUCUAAAGUCUCUCCUCGUGACGUCUGCUCCCAGGCAGCCGACGCUAUCCAAGGCCUCCUGAGAUCUUACUCUUCCCUCUACACGUUACGACGAACUCCCUCAUUCGUGCCAUAUUUCGUCCUCACGUCAGCCAUCAUGCACUUGGCAAUUGGCGCAAUUUCUGUCAAUCCGGAAGCUACUGAAGCCGACGUGAGAAAGCGGGUCAAGGUUGAUCCUCGCGCGGCUGAGGCUAUCACUCAAGGUAUCUCGGAUCUCACUGAGAUGGCCCCUUGUCACCAGUUCGCCGAACAGGCACUCAACAUACUACGGUAUCUUGCUGUGAAGUGGAAUAUUGAUGUUGAAAAUAAUGUCGACAAGCUCACGGCGGAAGAAUAUGAUCGCCUUGUCCUUCCGCAAACCGGAAGUCUGAACUUUUUUUCGCCGAAUAUGCGCCACGGAGAUAUAACGUGCCAAUGGGGUACAGAAAACUUCAUGCCAGGGACACCGAAACAGUCGCCCUCAGUCCAAAAGGUAGGGGACAGUUUGGAGAACCCUCUCUUCUGGCCCUUUCCCAUGCAAGGUCGGCCUAUACUUCCCGAUGGAAUUGAAUUAGAACAUGCCGGCUUUUCUGUACUCUGA